GAGGUCACGUGUGCAAAUUUCGUGGCGUGCUGGCUGCUCCUCGAAGCAGUCAGUCGAGCUGCGCCUUUCAAUGAGGAAGGGUACUGACGCAUUUUUGCGUAAAAUCUGUUGUUUUACACCAUUGGUACCUCAAAAGGGGCCAAAAUAGUGGUGAUUGGCAGUAAUGACUAUCAUUCUCUUCCUUGUUGACACUAGUGCUUCUAUGAACCAACGUACAUAUCUGGGAACGGCAUUGAUUGAUGUAGCGAAGGCAGCUGUAGAGAGUUUUAUGAAGAGUCGAUCACGCGAUGCAAGCAGUCGAUGGGACCGUUACAUGCUUCUGACGUUCGAAGAUCCCCCAGCGAAUGUAAAGGCUGGCUGGAAAGAGAGUCACCUAACAUUUGCAUCUGAACUGAAGAAUUUGCGAGCCUCUGGCUUGUCGUCUUUAGGUCCAUCUCUGAAACAUGCCUUUGACCUUCUCAACCUCAAUCGCAUGACCAGCGGCAUUGAGACUUAUGGACAGGGUCGAAGUCCAUUCUACAAUGAGUCGACAAUCAUAAUUGUGAUCACUGAUGGAGGCCAUCUCACCACAAACAGUGGUAUUCAGACUGAGUUGAACCUUCCAAUGAAUUCAGUGGUGCCGGGCACAGAACUCACUAAAGAACCCUUUAGAUGGGAUCAGAGGAUAUUUAGCCUGGUGAUGCGCCUUCCUGCGAGUGUGCCACCAGACAUCUCUGCCUUUCCCUUUAUUCCUUCAGCAGAGAACACGGCUAUUGAUGUGAUGUGUGAAGUCACAGGGGGUCGGUCAUAUGCUGUGUACAGUCAGAAGAUGCUGAAUGCAGCCAUUGAAUCUCUUGUACAGAAAGUCCAAUGUGGAGUUGUGAUCAACUUUGAAAAGUUUGGCCCGGAUCCUCCCCCCAUCACUGAUGCCAAUCGCGGCGAUAAUGGGUCUGAUGCAAAUGGCAAUGCCAAAGAAAAUCAAGACACAAACAAACCGAUUCUCAUGGAGGAGUCUGAAGAGAAGAAGCUUGCCAAUUCUCUGAGCAGCAACCAACAGAGUCAAGCGUGGCAUAGCUGUCGGAGACUCAUUUACGUGCCCAGGUCUGCACAGAAAGGUCACUGCACUGGUCACUGGCCUAUCCCUGAGGGCUACUGGCCGGACAUCACCAGCCCGUCCCUGCCUCCUCGCUCAGCUCACCCUGUAGUCCAGUUCUCGUGCCAGCCAUCAGAUCCCCUAGUGAUUGAAAAUCUUCCCUUUGACAAGUACGAGCUGGAGCCCUCACCCCUCACACAGUUUAUCCUAGAGAGAAGGCAGCCGAAUACCUGUUGGCAGGUAUUUGUGGCGAACAGCUCCAAGUUCAGUGAGAUGUGCCACCCAUUCGGCUACUUAAAAGCCAGCAGCUCCCUCACCAGUGUCAACAUCUUCGUUAUGCCUUACAAUUACCCGGUUCUCUUGCCAUUGUUAGAUGAGCUGUUCAAAAUCCACAAUCUCAAACCAAAUCAGCAGUGGAGACAGAGAUUUGAGAACUAUCUAAAGACAAUGCCUGGCUACUACGCUCCAAAUCUGAGACGAGCGCUGGCACGCAUGGGAGCCCCAAACCUCGUGUCUGACAACACAGACCAUUGCCUGAGCUACAGCGUCAUCACCUAUCUGAAAAAACUGAAAAAUCAGGCGAGGAUGGAGAUGGACAGACUGAAUGCCUCAAUAGGGCACAAAAGCUCAUUCCAUGAAGGAAUCCGAGUAAACGCAAGGAGCAAGACGUCCAUUCUGCAAAGGAAAGACUUCAAUCAGUUACUGGCAAACCUAGGUGGCAAUAUGGCCAGCCUGAAACAAGAACUACAGCAUGACUACAGUGGCUUCACGCUGGCCGUGGAGGACCCGGACAUCAAGCCACAGCUCUACCGAAAUCCAUAUGACAUCCCACGCAAAUGCCUGAUCGAUCAAAUCAGUCGUAUGAGAAACAACUUCCUGAGGACUUCUGUCAACUCUGAUUCAUUGGUUGAUCUUGAUGAGCGACACCGAGUUCCCAUCAGCCAAAUGGGCAACUACCAGGAGGUAUUGAAAAAACAGCCACCAGCUCUCCGAGAGUUGGAAAGUACACCAACUAGGCUUCACAUGUUUGGCAACCCAUUCAAAGUAAACAAACAGCUAACUGUUGAUGAAGCUGAAGAGGCCAUUGUUAUAGGGAACUCUCCUAGGAAACGCUCAGCAUCCGAGAGUCCCCCAAACUCUCCCAACAGGAAGAGAAAGCCAGGUCCCUUGCCACGUGACAUUCCAUACCGUCGUCCUUCCACUCCCUCCUCUCUCACUCCGCCCGCAAGCCCCGCCCCCUCCAACACAUCUGACUCUGAGUCAGAAACAGACGAGACUCCAUUGCAGAUUGUUACGACAUCGGAUGAAGAGACGGGCUUGGGCAGCGAUGGCGAAGAAACCUCUGUGGUUCAUAAUCAUGUGAACUCCUUGUCUAAAACUAAUUCUAGUUCCAGUGAGAAUAGCCUGAUAGGUCUGUCCAAGGUACUGGAUGGGCUGGACCAGGUCAACGACUCUGACGCUGUGAUAGAUGAGUUUAUCUCAGACAGGAAGGACGAGCAGUGGUGGGCCUUCAACCGCCAGCUCAAACUGCUCAUCAUCAAACAGGUCAAACGACCAGGGAGAAAUUUUGACGGAUUAUUCCAACAGCUUAGUACGGUGCGGGGAAAUUCCAAAGUGCAAAGCGAGUUUGUGAAGGAUAUCAUUCAUGAGGCGCGGAGGUUUAAGCGACAUUCUCUGAUUUUGCAGCUAGAAACCUUCUUACUGACAGUUGUUAGUCGAAACAACAACAAACCAAACCACAAACAGUCCAUAAAAAUUGGUCUUAGCUGAGACUUGCUCCGUCUUAAAGCUUACGAAAAUUCUGAUCUGCUUCUUCCAACUAUUUGGGGAAAGCUUUGCCUAAUCAAAAGGCUUCGGAAUAAAGUGCCGUUGUCAAUGCAAAUAUAGGUCUUUGCCUAGCUCAGCUGUCGUGGCUUGAGCUGUGAGCUGGUGUUCGUUGGUGAACACGCCGGACCGUGGCGCUCACACCGGUGGUAAUCCAACGAACACACAACAAAUGUUUUUUAGGGCAAGACGACGAGGCUGGCUGAGGAAGCGUUCCGCUGCCUCGGGGGGGGGUGCAGCCAGCGCUGCCCUCUGAGCUGUGAUAGCUCACAUUUGUUCCCCCUGGCAGCGGUUGCUGGCUGAGGGGUUUGGUUGUUUGUGUGUGAGAAUGAGUUUGGUUGUUUGUAUAUAUUUGAGAAUGUGUUCGGUUGUUUGUAUAUAAUGGGUUUGGUUGUUUGUGAAAAUGAGGUUGAUUGAUGCUGUUGAGAAUGAGUUUGGGUGAGUGUGUUUGAGAAAGAGUUUGAUAGGGGCCGUUGAGAAUGAGUAUGGUUGUUUGUGUGUGAGUUCUAUACUUAUUGGGGAUGGUUGAGAAUGAGUUUGGUUGUUUUUGUGUGAGAGUGAACUGGGGAGGGGGGUUUUGUUGAAAUUGUGAAGAGUUUGAAACAUGCAUGUUGUGAAUUGAGAACUAGUGUGUGGAGAAAGAGAAAGUGUGUUCAGAGAAAGUUGCAAGUUUAUAAAGUGAUUUUUGUGCCAACAUUGUCCGUCCACUCUGCUGGUAGGCUUAGUUGGUGGAACAAAAUCUCUUGGUUACUGUUAGUACAGGGGCAUCACUAUGGGAGAUUUGAUUGGGGGGAGGAGGUGUGAAUUAUACUGCUACUUGAAUUGAAAAAAAGAAUAGUUUUAUAUGAAAUGUUUGAGAUUGCUAUAGAGGUGAACAAGUGCAAAAAAA